AGACAUCGGUCGGCGAUCCGGAAGCAAGGUCCCACACAGAAGCCAAUAGACAUAUUUCGUAGGGAUUUCUAGGUACUCGGAUUCCGAAAGCGAGUCGUGUCUGGGAACGUUUAGAUGGAGCAACUAGUUAUUUUGAUGUACAUAAGAGGUGAGCAACUAGGUGAGAGCGUUCAGCUACCAAGAUCGUAAGUGGAAAGAGUGAGCUGCCGCGAGCUUCGUUAGAGGUGGGUGCUCGCCCGAGGUCGGUAUCAGCGGGAGAUGCUUUCCGGUCAGAUAUUCAGAUGACUGCAAACUGCGAUUGACUGUGUGGUAGUUUAUUAUCUGCACCGAGUCGUUGGUCAUCGCUCGAAAAACAAUAUGUACUUUCACAUAGGUGUAGUUAGUGCUCUCUUAUCGGCCUCCCUUGGUCGGGUGAUUGAACUAAGCGAUAGGUUUCUAGAAAUCAAGAAUCGCGAAGUAUGGCUAAUCAAGUUUUACGCGCCGUGGUGCGGGCAUUGUAAGCAGUUGGAGCCAGUGUGGAGCCAGGUGUCUCAACGUCUUGUGGAUACGGAUAUUCGAGUAUCUCGACUCGAUUGUACCAAGUAUACAAGCAUUGCCCAACAAUUCCGGGUUUCUGGAUUCCCAACUAUAAUGUAUAUAAAUAAGGAUAAACAGGUUGAGUACCGGGGAGAGCGAACGAUUACUGAUAUUUUGGAUUUCGCGCGUCGUGUACAUGGUCCUUCCGUGCGAAAGUUAACUACAUGUGAAAAUAUGCGCAAUGUCCUACAGGCUCAGCCUGCUGUGUUCGUGUUAGCUGCGCAUCCCGAGGGGCACGUUGGAGCCGAAGAGGUUGUGAAGAACUUUUCGGAUCAUGCCGACCAUAUGCACGCGCAUAACUAUUUUAUUCAAGUUCCGCUAAGUUGCAUCGAUGAGUCGAAACGGACUAGUACAGUGUACGUUCAUAAGGAUAACAGCUUUCACGAAUUUGAUGAUUCCCGAUUUGGCACUGUGGAACAGUGGAUCCUCUCUGAACGGUUCCCGGCUUUCCAGCGAGUGACGCAUGGUAACUUCAAUCAAUUGCUCGGCACGCGGAAAUUGCUUGUUGCCGCUGUACUUGAAGAGAAUCAAAUUGGGAAACUUGAAACACUUCGAAUGGCUGAUGUUAAGGAUAUGCUUGAAGCUCUGGCUGUCAAUACACAGAACCUUUAUCAUGAAAAAUUUUUGUUCGGUUGGUUUCCAUCAACGGAUAUUCCAUACUCGAUCGCUAUGACGGAGCUGCCUCUUCCUUCAGUGAUGGUGAUUGACCCCCAUACGUACCGCUAUUUUUUGCCGGAAAACGCUGAAGAUCCCCAGGCGAUUAUCCGUCUACUCGAUGACAUUUUAAAGAAUGACCCUGAGCCUUCUAGCUAUGGUGGCAACACUUUCUUCUAUCGCAUAUACAGGUCAUACUUUGAGAUGAGGCAAAACUUGAAGAACAUGUACCGGUCAUCACCCGUCUUGACGGUCAUCAUCUUUCUCGUCCCAAUGGGUUUCUUCUCAGCUAUUGUGUACCUGACAUGUUGUGCCGACCUGUUCGAUGCGCCUGGUGACGCUGAAGAUCUCGAUGAGGACGAUGAACACGAAAAAAACGAUUAGCCCUCCCGGCACCGGUUCCCGCGUCCCGGAUCUUGUCCUGUCUUACUAAUCAUCCAUUGCCCACCAGCGUCAGAGGACGGUGGCGAACCAAACGAAUGUCAACAAAAUAUUGACAUCAGACAUUGUUCAUGUCUGCCCCGCAGAUACUUUUUGCUUAACAAUAACAACAGUAACAGCAGUAACCACAGUGCUAACGACAGUUUAGCUGCCCGGCCCAUUUUGAUGACAUUUGACUUUGAAGCCGAAUCAGUAGGGGCUUAUUAAACAUGGCUACCAGCGGUCUGGUAUCAUAAUUACAGCGAACGCCGUAGCGCAAGAGCUGUGCAAUCUAAUCCUCGUCCAGAAUACAUUUAAGGACGGAUCCAUUUAAGUAUCAACAGACGAAGAUAAGGGAUUCAAUUAGUAUUAAGUAUAUCACAUCAAUUUAUGCGAACCUGUACUUACAGACACACACAGACGUAUUUAGACACACACACAGAAGCACAGAAAAUAUAUACCGAAUAGAACCAGAACAGCCAGUUAAGAAGAAAUACAUAAGGAAGGUAUUACAAUGGUACGCAUUCUACGAUGUGCAUGUAAAGUAUUAGACAAAAUUACAUACGGUUGGGGUACACGGGAGCGAAUAAAUUAUGUGACACUUGCUAUUUUUAAUUAUGAUGUUAAUUACCAUUAAUAGCAACAGUAUCUGUAUGCUAUGGAAUAAUUUUUCACAUUAACCGGGCUAAUGUUCCACGUAGUCAAAACUUUAUUAAUUAAAUUAGUCAUGUCUAUAUGGUUACCUAACACUAAAAAUUCAUAUGUAUUUUUCCUUUGGCGGGUUGUAUGUUUCUGCCGGCCUAAUAUUUUUGUUCGGAAUUUCUUAUUCAGGAUAGCUGACUGAUUUGUUUGUUUAGCUAGAUGUUUCACGUAACUGUGUGCUUUAGCUUGUAGUUUAGAAAAAUGUAAAUUUGAGGAGCGCCACUGUUUUCCUUUGUCUAUUUGUAUGAACAUUAGUAUUUGGAUGAUCGACAAAACAGCGGAAGCGUGAAAAUAAAUAAGGCUUCGGUUUGCAUUGCUUCUUUGUUAGGGGUUGCUGCUGCUAAAUGCACCUCCUAACUGCUGUACGCCAAUCCACUACACACUAUGAAAACCCAUGAUACUGCAUAAAAGUAAUCCGGGAGCUCGUUGCGCAUGACAUAAAGUGAGAACAAUGACCGCCAGUAUUCGCCAUUAAGCGGUUGUCGCAAUGUACGUAAACGUGACGCCGUUUCUUCUGGCAUAGAGAAUAUCCUUCCCACAGACUUGCCAGCCAUAAAAUAAUAAUGAGUUGUAUAACAAGAGUUUAUUGUAUAGUAGGUCACUUCCAAUAACAUGUAAUUAUAAAGGGCACAGUUUUGCUAAUAAAAAUAAUUAGAUAAUUAUCUCUGGAGCAUGUUGAAAAGUUCUUUCGUCGCUUGCUUCGUUCAUAAUUCAACUGCAAAGGAUUGGCAUCGGGGACGAAUAACGGAGAAAUAUAUAAUAAUAAUAAAUAAUGUCUUGGUAUCAAAUUGAGAGACUAA